AUGACGAAGUUCCGCAGGAUACCAGAGGUUGUCGCAUACGACGGCGGCCUACAGAAUGCGAUAGGCGCGCCGUACAUACUCAUGAAGAAGAUCAAAGGUAUAGCGGCGACGGAUCUGUGGCUCGGUCAACCCUACAGGAUGUUCAAAUCUGACGAUCUGCACCUUGAGGCCGACGACCCUUCUCCGGAGGUCGAGCAAAAGCGCGUUACCUUUCUGCGCUCACUUGCGCAAGCUAUGAGUCAACUUGCUACACUCAAGUUUCCGUAUACUGGCGUCCCUAGCUACGGGUGUCCGGAAGAUAAGAACCCAAAGUUCAUCGCGCCGGCCUGGCGGUGGCACUGCAAGAUGCACAUGGAAGAGCCGACGUCUUAUGGAUCAUUUGCGUCCAGCGAAGCCUUUUUCGCCGCUGGCCUCGACAGACUCUGUGAGCCCGAGAACCCUGAUGAUAGCGACGGAAUGACAGAGCUUGGGGUUCAGAUAGUGAUGAGGAUCGUACUGUCUUCGGCUCCGUUCAAGCCGUCCACACCCUCACAGGGUGAAAUCUCUCAGGCUGGGUACGGUAGCCACACCGUGCCGAUGAAGAUGGUAAUGUGA